CUCCAUAAUAUUCACAACGACACCGUUUAAAGCCCCUAAAAUUCUGCAAACAUAAAAUCAAAUAGAAACUUCUUCUAGUAUCAUCAUCAUCUCCCCCCAAUUGUAAAUCAGAUCAUCAUCAUCAAUGGCAAUUAGGGUUUCAAAUUACGUUUGCUUAUUUGCUCUAGUCGUUCAAUUUAUCGCUUCAAAUGCUUUGAUCUCCACGCCUGACGUCAAUCAGCAUCAUCCUAAAGCCAUCGCGGAUUUGAAAGAAGCUAUUGUCAAAGGAUUAGGGCUUCAAUCAGAGGAGCUUAAGAUAUCCGGUUUUGAUUCACGAGACGCGUUAGUGGGUCGAUCAGUGGCAUAUGAGUUUGAUGUGGAAAUUGAUGAUAAAGUUCUUCCAUUUAAGCUUUUGGAAGACGUGCAUAGAUGGGAAUAUGUGGAUUUACCUAUUUUCCGAGUGGAGGACCAGGCAAGAAGCACCGGUGACGAGAAAGGGCUAAUAAAGAAGAAGGUUACAGGUGAAAGGUUGCCUGUUUUGGCCCCGUUUCAGCUCGCAGGUCCCAUGGAGCUCUGGAUUCAGGAUGCCAAAGACAUGAGACUUUCUUUACCUCAUGACGUUGAUGCUGGUGAGCUAAGGAAAGUAAUCCUGUCUGAUGGUGCGGUGGUGACCGUCAAGGGUGCACGGUCUGUCAGCUUACGCCACCCAGUCGAGCUUCCGCUUCCGUUAAACAAGAGCCAAAACGGCUUUGCUUCCGGUCUCCUAACCCUAGCCGAACGUCUUCGACACGCUUCCACCUCCCAAAACCAACUCCUCUCUCUCCGUAUUGUGGGCCCCACAUCUCUCACAUCCCCGACCCCGUCAUCACCCUCUUCCAAAAACAAGCUCAAGCUGAAACGCCUGGCUCCUGGCCUCGUUCAGUUAUCCUCGGUUUCAAAAACCGCACUCUCAACCAUUGAUCUUGAAGGAGAAGCCCCGACUCUUCUCACCCCUGACCAGUUCACCACAUUCUGGCCGGUUACAUCUGUCAACGGGUCACACUCAAACUUACUCGGUUUAGAGAGGCUGCUCGGUUCGGUUUUAGGUUCAAAAGCCAGUAAAGAGGGGUCGUUCAAGUUAUUGAAAGCAGAUGUGUCGGCUCAUACGUUUGUUAAGAUGGGAUUUAGGGUUGAGAGGAAGCUGACCGGAGAUCUGUCUGAAUUUGGUCAGCUGCCCGAGUGGCGAACGAAGCCUGAAACCGUGAAAAUGCACUUUGAGGUGUUGGCUAAGGUGGACGGUGACAAGUUUGUACCCGAGAGGAUUAUGCAGGUUAAUCCUGUUCCUGUGGAACAUACCAUAGCACCGAGUGUUGCUACCGGAAAUACAAGUAUGUCAAAGGUGCCUGUUAUUUAUACUCCUUUUAGUCCAUUCUCAUUGUAAAGUUUCUAUAUGUGAUGGAUCAUAUAUUAAACAAAUCCUCUUGCUUAUCGUUCUCGGCUUUUAAAAGUUAUAUAUACAAAUACCUUAUGAUAUGA